CACCGAAACCGCACGGUGGCUCGCAGGAGCAAGUCGUGGCAAAUUGCGAGCUAUGACAGCGACUGUUUCCGGCUUUCCACGAAUGUAGUUCCUUAAAAAAAGAACGAACAAUUCAUAAUCGUGGUCCCCGGCCCGUCGUUCAUGAGCUUCUAGCCGAAAUAAGUCUCGGCGGAGCAACGUUCGAAGCCGGGAAGACGACGCCACCAUGGGUCUGUGCAAGUGCCCCAGAAAGAAAGUGACGAACCAGUUCUGCUACGAACACCGUGUUAACGUGUGCGAACACUGCAUGGUGGCCCAGCACCCUACGUGCAUAGUCCAAAGCUACCUCCAGUGGCUCCAAGACAGCGAUUACGACCCCAUAUGCCAGAUCUGCCGCAAGGAACUUUCCAACGGGACCUGCACUCGCCUACUGUGCUAUCAUGUUUUCCACUGGGCCUGCUUGGACGAGUAUUGCAAGCGGAUGCCCAAGACGACUGCGCCGGCCGGCUACGGCUGUCCGUCCUGUGGCUCGGCUAUCGUCCCAGCUAGCCACAUUGAGUCGCCAGUUGCAGACGCGCUCAACGUGCUGCUCAAGGCCGCAUCCUGGGCUAACGCCAGCCCUUCGAUACCGGAGAUCCCGCAGCAGAAACAGCCUUCGGGACCACAGGGCGACGUACACGAGGCGAGCGCAAGUUCGGCCAACUCAUUAGCCCAAUCAGCGCCUCCACCGUGGCGUGCACAAAGCAGCGCACCCAACGCUGCCCCGCCCAUGCACACGACCAUCGCUCCUGAAAACAGUGUCAACUACGGUACUGCCGCCAACAGCCACAUGACAUCAUCGCGGAAGAUAUUCACCGCAACCCAGGGCAACUUCGUCACAUCUGCUCCGGACUAUGAUGAGGACAAGUACAAACGACGAUCCGGAUUUGAGCUUCUGUCACGCUGGAUCAAGUCAAGGACAAUAAUGGCUGGCAGCCGCAGACGAGACCCGCACACGUUCCUCAAGCGCUGGGUUGUCCUUUCCAUCCUCAUUGUCCUAGGACUCUUCACCGUCGUCUAUUUUCUCAUGCACUGGGGCCGUGCCGCCGCGGAGUCGGACCCACUGCUAGAUCCCCGGCUCAAUCCGGACAUCAGAGUCCACGACGAGUCUCAAGACAUGCAGCCGCGCUGAGGUGUCGGCCAUUGGUGGG